AAAAAUCCGUUUCGGAACCUGUCUUAGAAAUUAAAUUUCGAUUGCCGUUUUCUUCUUGUUGAUGUUUCGCGAUGGUGUACAAUAUUGAGAAAAAGUCUAUGCCCGGCUACAUGAUGUACAUCAAUGGCGGUCUGGCCGGAAUGAUGGCCACCUGCAUUGUGCAACCGCUGGAUCUGGUUAAGACUAGGAUGCAGAUAUCGGCCACGACGGGAGAGUACAAGAGUUCCCUCGACUGCCUGGUGAAAACGUUUAAAAACGAGGGCAUUUUGGCCUUGUAUAAUGGCUUGAGUGCUGGACUAAUGAGACAGGCCACCUAUACGACUGCUCGAAUGGGAUUCUAUCAGAUGGAGAACGAGGCGUACCGCAAUCACUACAAUGCACCGCCAACAGUUCUGGCCAGUAUGGGCAUGGGCAUUAUGGCCGGUGCAUUUGGAGCCAUGUUCGGCAAUCCGGCGGAGGUGGCUCUGAUCCGCAUGAUGUCCGAUAAUCGCUUGCCGCCGGAGGAGAGGCGAAACUACAAGAAUGUGGGUGAUGCCUUCGCGAGGAUCGUGAAGGAAGAGGGCGUGACCGCCCUCUGGAGGGGAUGCAUGCCCACUGUGGGUCGUGCCAUGGUGGUGAAUAUGGUGCAGCUGGCCUCGUACUCCCAGUUGAAGAAGGUAUUCGCCGAUUACGUUUCUGGACUUCCACUUCACAUCUGCGCCGCCAUGGUGUCGGGUUUGCUUACCACCAUUGCCUCAAUGCCGCUGGACAUGGCCAAAACCCGUAUUCAACAGCAGAAAUCCGGCGAAUACAAGGGCACCAUGGAUGUCCUGAUGAAGGUUGCCAAGAACGAGGGAGUCCCCGCCUUGUGGAAGGGUUUCACCCCAUAUCUGUGUCGUAUUGGACCGCACACUGUGUUCGCGUUCAUAUUUCUCGAACAGCUCACCAAGGCCUAUAAGCGUUUUGUGCUCGGUGACGAAUCCGCAUCAAAUAUUUAAGUUCUUUAAUCGUGUAUGUGUAUGUGUUUGGACACCUUUUCUUUAAAUAUAGCAAGCCAAGACGA